CGCUCCUCCGCCUCCUCCCAGGGAGACACUUCCUGGGACUCGGUUGGCUCGACUCCUCGCCGGCGACGAGCACGAUGAGUUAGAGAGCAGCGUUUCCCUCGUCACUGCAGUCCGACGGAGGGAAGCGCUUCCUGAUCGUAGAGAGGUGCGUCUUAUUUCCACUCCAUUGAUUGAGUGCACACGGCUUUCACCGCCGGAGCUGGGGCACUGACGCAUUGUGGAGUCGACAGGGGGGAGCACUGCAACCCCUCCUUCUCCACACAACAUCUAUCGGCGGAGACGGAGAUGGCCGUGGUGCAGCGAGACAGCGAGGACCAUCCACCGGAGAACGGCUUCGUGGCGGCGGACACCGCGACACCCGGGCUGCUGACGCGCAUCGACGGAUCCGUCCUGCCGUUUCUCGGGGGAUUCGGGAAGUACCAGAAACAGCUGAUCGUGCUGACAUGGAUCCCGGCGUUAUUCAUCGGAUUCAGCCAGUACUCGGACAAUUUCCUCCUCGCCCAGCCCAACAACACAUGUAUCCAGCCGCUGGCCAAUUUCACCAAUGUGACUUGGAGUCAUGCGUCUUUGUCGGGGAGCCCGAGGAACGGCAGCCGCGGCCGGCCGGUUUAUGCCAAUGGAAGUUACGGCGCCCACAAUGACUCCGCGGACAUGCAGUGCAGGUGCAACGAGUGGACGUUCGAGCUGCACACGGGGCUGGUGCAAAACGUGGUCACUAAGUGGAGUCUGGUGUGCAAUUCGGCAUGGAAAGUCCACAUCGCCAAGUUCUCCCUCUUGGUGGGUUCCAUUUUCGGGUACCUAGUGUUCGGCAUCCUUGCAGACUGGUUUGGCCGCCACCCGGUGCUGAUCAUAUCCGUGCUCUUCAUGCUGGUGUUCGGACUGACCGUGGCCUUCUCUGUCAACGUCCCCAUGUUCAGCACGCUGCGUUUCUUUGAAGGCUUCUGCUUAGCCGGCAUCAUCCUGUCUCUCUACGUCCUCCGAAUUGAGCUCUGCCUGCCAGGAUGGCGUUUCUCCAUGACCAUGGUGGCCAGCUUCGUGAUGCUGGGUGGUCAGCUGCUGAUGCCUGUGGUGGCCUACCUCUGCCGGGACUGGCAGGUGCUGCAGGCCGUCAUCAUCUGCCCGCUGCUGCUCAUGCUCUCCUACAUCUGGAUCUUCCCUGAGUCACUGCGGUGGCUGCUGGCCACUCAGCAGUACAGCCGCUCAAAGUGGAUCAUGGCGUUCAUAGCCCAGAAAAACCGGGCCAACAGGGAGCUCGACACAGAAAACAUCCUCACAGAACUUCAGAAAGCUCUUCAGAAGAAGCCAAAAAAGACGUGCAUUGUGAAGAUGGUGGGGACGAGGAACCUGUGGAAGAAUAUCGUCGUCCUCUGCGUCAACUCGCUCACUGGCUACGGAAUCCACCACUGCUUCGCCCGCAGCAUGAUGGACCCGGAAGCUCUGGAGACCACCAUGUUCCACAACUUCUACGCCGACUACUACACCAUGGCGGGCAUCGCCGUGGCGUCCUGCCUGGCCUUGUGUCCGGCAGUGGGACUGAUGGGGCGACGAGGGGGUCUCCUCAUGUUCAUGAUCAUCACUGCUCUGGCCUCGCUGCUGCAGCUCGGCCUGCUCAACUUGCUGGGAAAGUACAGCGUCCACCUGAACAUCGACAGGUCAGACAUGCUGAAUAAGAACUUCUCCAUCGCCUUCUCCAUCAUUGGCAUGUUCUCCUCCCACGCCGUCAGCAACCUGAGCAUCUUCUUCUGCGCCGAGAUCACGCCCACAGUCAUCAGGGGCGGGGGAGUGGGUUUGGUCCUGGCCAGCGCUGGCUUCGGCAUGUUGACCGCCCCCAUCAUGGAGCUCCACAACCAGAAGGGCUACUUCCUGCACCACAUCAUCUUCGCCUGCUGCACCCUCAUCUGCAUCAUCUGCAUCCUGCUGCUGCCCGAGACUCGCUUCCAGCCGCUCCCCGAGACCCUGGCGGACGGCGAGAACUACACCCGCCAGCCUCUCCUCCCGCCACGGAAGCCCGGGGAGCAGCGCCUCCUGCUGCCCACAUCUGAGAGCGCCAGGGACUACACCCGGGUGCACGACACGCCGCUGCACGAGGCCGCCGCCACCGUCGUCUCCACCAUGGACUCCGCCGAAGAACUGACCGCUGCGGCCCACAAAGAGGACCCCAAAGACCCCAACGGUCACUCUGUGUUACCGUUCUCAGAGACCCCUCUGAGGGUCCUUGGCCGGGACACCGUCAUCCACGCCAGUAAAGAGCGCCUCCUGUCUUCCUCUCCUCCGCAGAAGAACCUCACAGACCCACUUUUAGCCAAGGAAUCUGCCGCCGAACUCUCACACCAGCAGAAUGAGGUGUCACCCCCUGAUCCUGCGGCCGACCCCUCCGCUGCUGCCCCCGCUUCCUCAUUGAUCUCCACCACGCCCAUCAUCGAGCCGGUACCCAGCUCCACUCUGGAGUCCCCAGAGCCGCUGGUCAACAACAUCGGCUUGGAAUCUGACACACCUCCGCCUGAGGCUCCGCCAGUCGCCUCCGUCAGCGCGCCCUCUGCUGUUCAUGUCACGGACAUCACCCCCGAGCCACCGCCCUCCAGCUGCCCAGACAUUCCUGUGAUAUUAGAAAUGGAACAAGAAGACUCCCUCGUUCCUCUUGUUGUUGCUCCCCUGCCGUCCAAAUCUCCCUCUGAUAAUGACCCUUGUCCCACUUCCUCCACCCCCCCGAGCCCGGUUACCAUUUCCCCUUCACACACCCCUCCCUCUCCUCUCUCAGAGGACUCCUUAACUCACACCACUCUACCCUCCAUUCUCCCGAUCACAGACAUUGUCCACCCCCCUGAAACAGACGUUGCUCAGCCUGCACAGGACUCCUCUGGCUCCCUCCACCUGGACUCCAUUCACUUACAGGAUCUGGGCCGGUCAGAACCAGCCCCCCUCUCUCUGAUCGACUGCACAGUUUCCUCCCCGAUAGACUCUGAAGUUCUCUCCAUGAGAGACAGCGCUAGCACAGAAAGCAACACUGUUAACGGAGAGUUGUGACUCACCCGCACACAACAGUCAGACGGGGAGGAGGUUUCCGGAGCUUCCCUCAUCAACAGCAGGCUGGGUUUAGGAAGAUACCAUCUCCUCUUCAGUUCUGAAAGUCACCAGCCGAAAAAAAAACAAAACAAAAAAACACAGAACUGGGCAACGGAACGCACCAAGAAGAACGUCCCGCGCAGAAGUGUCGCCUGAACAGGUCAAAAUUUCCCGCCAUAUUUUCCGCUGUCAUGGUCAGAGGGACGCCGAAAACUAGCAAGGCCAAGUCUACACGUGCCAAACGUCGUGUUUCGGUGGAGCAAGGCGGGUUCAGAGCCAGAAGAAAGGUUUUCAAGUUUAAAUCAGCCACUCUAUCAAGAUGUUUUUCUUUUAGCAUCGCCAAAGUCCACCAAAACCAGCGUGCCAAAAUGAAACGUGGAAUAUCAUUUCCGAACCAAAUUGCAUCAGACAGACUGAGGAAAAUGUCGUACAAAUAACUUUUUUUUUUUUACAUUCUGACAUUUAUAGUGAUGUUAAAAAAAAGUUUAUUUGACGUUCGGCAGUACAUUAGUGGUAGAUGUUUGCGUGUACUGUCAAGAGUAGCAUUCAUCUUCUGGAUUCUUAGAAAAAAAACUUGAAAUUUUGUUCAUUUCUGAUUUAAACUUGAACCUUUUGAGCAAAACAUCAGUGUAUCCGAGUUUCAAACCGCUUCAAAUGUGGUCUUUGACCCUCUUUGGCCUGAUAACAGCUUGACUCUUCCAAAUGAACUCCUCCUGAUAGCAGGGCUUCUGCUGGCUGUCGUCCAGUCCCUGUACCGAAGCGGCCAUCUUUCCUCGCAGUAUUAGUGGCGCCUUAUUCUGCGGAGCAUGAGAAUGAUUGACAGACAAGCAACGGCAAAACGGCACAUUUUUUUUACAGCAAACACGUGCUCAAAAUAUUUCACGUUUUGGUGCUUUAAAACAAAAACCCGCCACAAAUGAGUCCUGUUUGAUGAUGUCAUAGCAAGUCACACCCCACCAAGCUCCACCGUCUUUCAGGGAGUGACAUGAACAACGUGCUGCAGGUUUCAAAGUCCAGCUUUUAUCACCUUUUGUUGCUCGCGAUAUCAGGAAGCCUUUUGUGUGAAGGUUGGAGCUGCACCAACCUUUCGUUUCCAGUUACAGACUGAAGAGUUUAAACCUCACCAAACUUUAAAAUCCCUGUUGACGCACCGAAAAAGGAUUUUAAUUCCAUGGUGCAGCCGGAUUCAGAGCCCAAGUUGUCAGUGGCUAGCAAGAGCAUGUUUUAGCUCAGAAGUACAACUGCUGUUGCGCUGUUCUCCCUGAAUUUCUUCUUAAAAAUACACUCAAGUUUGACAGUGGCAUGUGAGUUGGCUAGUGGCCGCGUGUUUAGCUCCACACCUUCAGUUCCGAGUCGCAGGUUUUCUACAAAUGACAAACCAGUCUGGGUCCUAAAAAAGUCUUUCAUUUGGACGUUAAAUUCUUCAAUGCCAGUGUUGGUUACUAUAUGUCCCAUCAGGUGGCUAGUUAGCUUCUCCUUUAGCAAAGCAAUGUUGGUCACUAAAGGUGUCAGGUCUCAACCGACUAUUCAUUUGAAAUAUGCAGCAACAAAUGACACAUAAAUAAAACAACCCCCAGCUGUUUGCACAUCACUUAAAGAAGGCUAUUAGCAGGUUAGCAUGGAGUGGAGGCUAACAUGCUAAGAGGUUUUGAAAAGUCAGUUAUUUGGUGACGUAUUGCGUCGUAACAAGAACAGAAAACUUUUACGUUGCAUGUGCAGGAAUUCACAACUCACAUGCUUCGUGAAAAAAGUCGGAAUCUAUUGCUUUCACUGGCGACAUACUAGCACUGGUCGCUCACGACUUACUGCACAAGUUGUGAGCCAAAACUUGACCUGGUACUUCACUGACUGAUCAUGUCUCCCGUGUACGCCGUCUUCAAACGCAGCUGGAUUUUAACCAGGAAAGCAUUCAGCGUUGGAGAAGAAUUCCACUGAUGUGAACGUUUUUAUGUUGAUGUACGGCACAUGCAUGCCACGCUGCUACACAGUCCAAGCACAAAGCCCUGUAAUGUGAGUCGGAGGCGUCUGCUCGGUGACGGACGGAAGAAAAACGAAACAAAAAAAAAAAAAGGGAGUGGGAAGACAGACGUUCCAUUUUCCACGUCUGCUUCCGACGACUGUUCGGCGUUGUGACAAGACGACUCAGCACAAUACAAGUGCCGACGAAUGCUUCCAUUUUUAAAGCAGGUAUUUUCACGAUACAUUUUUAAUCGGGGUAAAAUCGACGCCGUCAGCACCAGCGGGAGCAUCGAGUUGGCCACUCGCAGGCGAACAAGCAAAGCGGAGCGACUCUUGCGUGAAGAAUAAUCGACACUUUCAACCGACUAAUUUUCAGGAAGGGAGCGUUGAAUGAAUGUAAAAACAGAAUUGUAUCAUUCUUUAAUUUCUGGUUGUUUUGUUAUAACAUACAUGAUGCACUUGUACAUAAAGCCAUACCUGUUGUUAAAUAAACUACUAUUUAUUGA